AUGGAGCACGAGCAAUCGCAGACAGGGUGGAUCACUUCACGAGAGCCAAUAUCGUGCUGCGUCUGGGGUCGUCAACCAAAUCCCUCACUGGCGGGUCCCCCAAUCACGGGGCUCACCGAUGCCCUGUCAGAAUGCCAUUGUGAACGUUUCUUGGGGACUCCGCCAUGCCUCGGCCAGAUGGACAGAUUCGCGUUCUCCCACAUCUGGCUGCCAUGGCCGCCAUGGCUGUCUUGUCAUGACGAUGCCACGGGCGUUUGCCAUCCGCCGUCGUGUCUUCUCAUAGCAAUCGAUAGCGAUUGUCUGCCCAACACUCUUUACACCACGCACCACUGCGACUUAACGCUGUCAUCGAACUCUUCACUCAUCGUCAUCAACUGCCUCGCCGUUGUUGUCUCUAAAUGUUCUUACCGGGCCCGGCCCGGCGCCAACUUCACACCUCACAAUCACGAUAAAUCACUUGCAGUGCUCCCGCACGCGCUUCAUUGGCCCCCACAAACGCUGCUCCAGUUUAGGCAAUUCUCUUUCUCACUCCAACACGGAGUGCCAUCUCUCAGAAACCCAUCUCAAACCUGUCAUUGGCUUGACCUGAUCUUUCUCUCCGUGCCCUGUGAAAUUGCAGAGAGACACCUUCAUCCAGCACCGCGCCGCAAUCCCCCUAUACAUUUCCACUUCCCCAUGGAGCCAUCAGCUAUUACCCAUUCCCCUAUCCUCAGCAGUCGCUCGCUCCCAGCCCAACAAUAUAUGAGUACUGUCAGAUGCGAGGGAAUAGUUAAUCAAUUCCCUACCCAAAAACUGCAUCACCCAGAGUCGCGUAUGCGCAGUACCUUGCAGCCCAUUUACUGGCUUGGAGUUGAAUGCAGCAUGCAAGCACGAUGCCCCAGCUGCCCCAAACAAGCUGCUGCUACUGCUGCUUGCCAUCCAGCAUCUGGAUUACCCAUAAGCCGAAGCACUGGAACCCCCCCGUAUCCGGCCGACUUUGUGCGACCAAAUACCAUUACCCACAACGAGCAGUUCGUCCGUUUUGCGAACACAAGCUCGGCUUCAAGCAUGCAACGUUCCAUGCUUCACGAGGCGAAUAAGUUGAUAGUCUCACGAUUGCGAAUAGACUGCUCUUGUGUUCAAUAUCAUGCGUUGGAGGCAGUAUUGGCCCGCGCCGCGCCGCGCGGGAUGUUGACAAGCUUGAUGCGCGACCAUCGUUCGAAUUGUUUCUGGCAGCAAGCCACCACCAACACUCUCCACUUGCUUUUGCGACGACGAUUCGAUGGUUUGUACGCCCCUCCCUUAGUUGGAAAGGCGAACUCUUGCUUGUAUCUGACUUCUGUCCGAGGACCUUACGAUUUCUUCCUCCCCACGCUGGGGUUUGAUCUCCCUGCCGUCCAUCACUCUAGAGGCUGAAAACCCGUGGGGCAGACCACCACUUAACACUCCAGCCUCCAGUUCCUCGCACUAUUCCGAUAUCUGAGACAAUCCCAAGCCCACGAAAACCGCAGGAUCUGUGACCAUCAGCCAUAAAAGUUCUCAUUUAUCUUAGACCACUUCUCUCGUCUGGUCUUUCGUCUCGUCCUGUCUCUUUUGGAUAUUCG